UGGGUUUUAAAGCUCGAUGGGCACGCAUACUAUAAAAGCGGGCAUAUGCGUGUGUAUAUAUGGAGGUGUACUAAACAGGUGAGCACAGGUAAAAACAAGGUAGUUCCUCGGUCGUCUGGCUAUAGCCAGCUGGAUCACUACGACACUGGUUCAUAAAUAUUGCCCGGGGGCAUGAACGUUUACCCCGUUCGUCUUCUAUGUACAGCUGCACUACUGUGAACCCACGAGUCUAUUGCUACAACUACGUACACGCUACGUAGCUGUGAUUGAACGACCAGCCAACACAGUCCUUCUUCUAAUCGCAACGUGUCCGGGCCAUAACUUUUAAACCGUGGAAAAUAGCUUGAUGAAUCUUGCGGUAUGCCAGCAUCAUCCACAGAAGACGAAAGUACCUCUAUGUGAAAAUGAAGAUAGUAACAAGGCUUUGCAGGAGAAACCGAAAUCUUGUCUUCAUAUAUGUGGUGUUCUCUGUCAUCAUAUCGUUCUCACUGUGGGCAGCUGUUAAACGGACCAUUACCGAGGAUGUUUCAUCCCGAAAAACAAAUCGACGGAACAUAAAUGCAAUUAAUCAAUAUCUACUCCAGCGUAACAAUUUCUCAGUAAAAGCUCAGAUAUCGAAUUGGAAGAAGACAAAACUCAAAGGCGACAACGUCGUUAAAAAUGCACCACAGCAUCCUGCAUUGGUAUGGUGGGCCCCUGUUUCCGGUAUGAUGGAUCAUGGGAUUACAUGUGGCGAUGAAGCGUGUGAUGUGUCGGUUAGAAGAGGCUUGAAGAAUGACCCAAACGUACGAGCAUUCCUCUUCUAUGGAACGGAGUUUGAAUUUAGCCAUCUUCCAUUACCACGCCUACCCCGUCAUUUGUGGGCCCUCGAGCACGAUGAGUCACCCAAAAAUAACGAAUUUAUUUUCUCGCACGAGGAAGUUAUGACCCUGUUUAACUAUACCUCAACAUUUAAGCGCGAGUCUUCCUACCCCGUGACGACCAUGGCACUUCCUAGUGUGACCUGGCUUCAGAGUACGGAGUACUUUCUGACGUCUGCUCGCAAGAACGAACUGCAGAAUAGAAAGGGUCUGGCGCCUGUGCUGUUUGUACACAGUGACUGUAACGUUCCCUCCGCACGAGACGAAUACCUGUCAAUGCUUCAAAAGUUUAUUAAGGUGGACGUGUACGGCAGGUGUCACACCAACAAAGAGUUGCCCACUCAUUUACGGGGAAUGGAGAAAUACCAGAAGAAAGAUUUCUUCAAAUUUGUAGCACAGUACAAGUUUGCCUUCGCCUUUGAGAACGCCGUCUGCGAUGACUAUAUGACCGAAAAGCUGUGGCGGCCAUUUCAUCUAGGUGUUGUCCCUAUUGUCUUCGGAUCACCAAAGGUCAAGGAAUUCCUCCCCAGCGACAAGUCCGCUUUAGUCGUAGAUGAUUUCCCUAGUGUAGAGAAACUUGCAGCGACAAUCAAAAACAUGGAUGAAAACGAUUAUAUAUAUGACGAAUACUUAAACUUCAAAACGGAUAAAAACGGCAUUACCAAUAAAAAUCUUUUGCAGAUUUUAAAUGAGAGGGAAUGGUCUAUGAAUGGAGAAGAUCGUUCGAAGAAAUUCGGUAACCAUUUUGCUGGAUUUGAAUGUUUUAUGUGUAGAAAAGUUCACGAAAAUAUACGCCGUGAGAGUGAGGGAAACCCUCCUUUGAUCUCCGUGGCAGGAAAGGACCAUUACGGUUGUCCCAGACCAAAGAGUUUCAAUGAGCAGGGACAGUAUGUGGAGAACAAUAAGAACUACGAUAGUGUUUACACACAAUCCCAUUUCAGUGCGAUAGCCUUCAGGCACUUCUACGACACCAGUAACAUCACAUUUACUAACAGAGAUGUCAAUCAGCUUGCUGAUACAUUGAAGAGACAUGACCAGAUGAGGUCGCAAUGAGUCCAUUGGCCGGCUCAGUUCCAACACAUGGUACAUUAGGGGGUGUUGCAGACUGACUAAACGAAACUUACAGGAAAAUACACCAGUGACAAUUAACCAAUGUCAACAUUUAUCAAAGGAAACAGUAUCCUGCUUUUCUAUAAUAGAUAUGGUCAUGCGCGAUAAGGUUUGCCCAUCUAAGAUAUAAUAUGUAAUCAUGUUCACUACAUUCAUCUUACACGGGCUGAUCACAAUGCGAAUGAAAAAAUAUCAGAUAUUUGUUUGUUAUGCAUUCGUUAAACUAUUAAUUUAUUUAUCAUAUGUACAAAGGCAGUGCUUGAUGAAAUAUAAGAUGUUUGCAAAGUACGUACAUUACAGUCAUAGUACACGUAUCAAGAUACUAUAUGUAUCUACCAAUGAGUAAAGUACAGUAGGCUUAUCGUACGAUGCUUAGUCAUGGCGUCCAAUACUAGUCUUGAGAAAAAACAGUGUAGGUAACGGGUAACCGGAGGUUUUCAGUGAAAUGGUUUGUCUUCCUGCAGGCAGCGAUAUUGUAGUUUCAUGCUGUGCAGAAUUCAGUCCAGUUUGUUUCAUACGAAAACAAGAAAACUGCAAGAUUGCGAGCGCCAGUGAGUGUUGUGGACCUCGAAUAUUUGAUUUUGAUAAAAGGAUCUUAGAGCAAUUUACUCUUUCAAAUGUAAAGGUAGGCUGGCAAAGACCUCAUUGCGUGUGGAUCAAACUUUGGGUAAACCACAGAGACUCGCAUAUUUACAUAUCAGAUUUUACAUGUAAUUUAAGAUUUCCUCGAGAAGAAUUAUCUAUCAAUUACCAAUUACAUUUGGAAGAUUCUUAUAUUUCUUCACAAAUGCUUCUUAACCGUUUCAUAUUGGGCGUUCAAUCAAAUCAUCGAAACAUAAUGUCAGGCGUGCACGGUUUGUAGGGGACCGUUUAUUACACUAUUAUUGAUGUCAACUUUGCGUAGAGAUUUCUGUAUGCCUUGACACAAUAGAUAAUGAAUUAUUUCUCAUAGUUUAUAUAUUACCUAGAUUACGCACAGUAAAAACGAAUGUCAGCUCUACAUUAUUAUUAAUUUAUUAGGUUGAUAUUUCUCCGUAUUUUAUGAAUGAAUAUGAUAUUGUGUUUGAAUCUUGAACCGGUACAAUAGUUUGUUAAUUGCCUCUGACGCCGAUUUGGGUUAGUCGUUCAUAAUAUCUAUUUAAGAUUUUAAUUUCUGUGUAAGAAAAAGUAUGUUCGUGACAUCAGUAGAAAGGCCUUGUUAUAUACCAGCUCACAACAAAUAAACAUACAAACAUUAACAUGCUCAUAUCAGGCGGAGUUGUAGCGUGUAUAUACUUAUUUAGUUAUUUUUCUGUGCUGUUAUUGAAUAUUACUCUCAUGUGGAAAAUUAAAGAAAAAGAUGCAUGCAUAUUGUCUCUGUGUACGUAACAGUGCUAGAGUUUUGCUAGAAGGUCGGAAAUUAUAUUUUAAUAA